AUGGCCAGUGGCAAGACCCCGCGGCCCCUGAGGUCCUCCAGAAGGGCGGAUGGAUUCCAGAGCAGAGUGGUAGCAUCUCGUAAUCCAAAGGUGGUCAGAGAGGCAGAAGAGUCUCUCAGCAGCAAGCAGAGGCUGGCCAGCCCUCGGGAGAUGAGGCGGCGCCGGCCUCUCCAGCUUCGGGACGUGGCGCACGAGGUGGGAACACGUAAGACGGGCGCCCAAAUGACUGGCAGUGCUACAGCUACUGGCCUCAGCCUGACCGUGGAGAAGCAGGAGACCUGCCUGUGUCUCUCGAGUGGCAGCAGUGCAGCUGGGAGAGGGGAGAGCAAGCAGGGAGGAAUUAUCUGCAACUCUCUCUGCUCUGUCUUGCGUCUGCAGUUGUCAGCAGUUGACGUGGACCAGAGGUUGUUCCAGCCUUUCCCAUCCGAGGUGGUGUUUGAGAACUACGUUCCCCAGCAGUUCUACAUAGCGGCGCUAGCUCUGAGGAACACGGACAGGGUUCCUCGUCUGCUGAACGUCAUCCUGGGGAACUCUCCUUACUUCGAGUUGAUCAGCCCGAGUGAUGAGGACUAUAAGGUAGCACCGGGCAUGUCUUCAACCUACCGCAUCCUUUUCAGACCUGAUGAGAACAAGGAUUAUUUCGACGAGCUUAUCAUCAUCACAGAGAGGGAGAAGUUCUUUGUGCCUAUCCGAGCCAUAGGUGCCCGAGCCAGCCUGGACUUCCCUGAGCAGCUGAACUUCUCCAACUGUCCAGUCAGGUUCAGCACCCAGAAAACUCUGCUGGUGCGCAACGUGGGGAAUCGGGAGGCUUGCUACAGCAUCACCACUCUGAGCCCGUUCUCUGUGGAUCCCUCCAUUGGGACUCUUGGCGUUGGAGAAGCGAUGCAAGUCACGGUGGAAUUUCACCCGCCAAAGACCGGUGUUUAUUCCAGUCCCAUGAUAGUUCAUUAUGACACAGGUGAAGAUGUUCACAAAAGCCUUUGUGGAAGAGCUGUAAAUGUCAACAUCAGGCUUGACAAGAGCUCCUUGACGGUUGAGAAGACUUCCGUCACGCUGUCAAACCAAAGAUGCGUGGUCAUCCACAAUCAGAGUGCCAUCACGGCUCACUUCCAGUGGAAGCGUUCUGUUGAUCAGGAAGAGGAGGAGCGGCAGAAGCUGAGGUUUUGCCACCCGCUGCAGAGGCAGGAAGAGGACAAGCUGGUUGAUGUUCCUAAGGAGCACGGGGUGGUGCGCCCUCUCGGAGAACAGCCUUCCCUUCCCAUCUGCACCUCCCAGAACCAGGGGACAGAGGUGCAGGGAGACUCCGUGCCUUUCUGCAAUGAUAUUUUCACCAUUGUGCCCAUGGAGGGAGAUAUCUUGCCAAAUUCUUCACUUGAAAUCAGCGUGAUCUUUAAGCCCAAAGAAGCCGGAGUCUACCAAGAGACAGUCUACUGUGACAUCUCAGGCUGUGAGAGCAGGCUGCCCCUGUGCAUCAGCGGGGAAGGCGUCGGGCCCCAGGUGGAACUCAGCUGUGAGCAGCUGAGCAUCGGGGAGGUGUCUGUGGGCUCAAGCCACAGCUACAGGGUGAUCCUGCUCAACAGAGGAGUUCUUGAGGCUCCCUUCGGCGUGGUCUAUGCGGAGAGAGCUCUGGGCUCCUGCUUCACCUUUGCCCCCCGGGAGGGCGUGCUUUUGCCUUUCGAGCAUCAGGUCAUCUGGAUCUCCUUCAAUGCUACUGUCCUGGGGCAGUUCACAGAAGAAUUCCAGUUCAGGGUGAAGGGAUCCCCUGAGCCUCUGACGCUGACUGUGAGCGGCUGUGUCAUCGGGCCGGCAUUUCAUUUCAAUGUGUCGUCCCUCAGCUUCGGUGAAGUCUCCUUUGGCUUUCCUCGCACCCUGUGCUGCCGCCUCACUAACACUUCCCCGGUGCCCUUCAACUUCAACCUUCGCAUUCCUGGGGACGGCUCAGGAGCACCCAGCGUGACCAGUUUUGCUCAGGUGUCAGACAGCACUGGUCCGUCGUGGAGAAAGCCAGCGCGAGGUGCCAAGAAGCCAGCUGAAUUUACUAUCAGGCCCUUGACAGGGACCGUCUGCUCCAAGGGACACUUGGAUAUCCAGGUCACCCUGUGCUCCAACACCGUGAAGAGAUACAAGCUGGCCCUGGUGGUCGAUGUGGAUGGUGUUGGCAGAGAGGUGUUAUCACUGCCCAUCAGAGCCAGAUGUGGCAUUCCCCUGCUGCGAGUGCUCCACCCAGCUGUGACAUUUGGACGAUGCUCUCUCAAAGUCCCUUAUCAGCAGAUGCUGACCCUUGUGAACGACAGCAACCUGCCAGGCUGCUACUGGGCUCUUCCUCAGGAGAACAAGGAUGCUGCUGCUGUGUGGUACUCCAGCCCUGAGCCCCGUGGGAUUAUCCAGCCUCACAGCUCGGUGGAGAUCCCGUUCACACUGGAAGUCCAGGUGACAGGAGAGCAGGACACCGUUGCUCAUGUUGCGGUGUUUGGGAGUAAAGAAUCCCCACUGAAAAUCCAUUUACUGAGCACUGGCGAAGGACCAGUUGUCCACGUGCACCCAAGUGAGAUAAAUUUUGGCUGCAUCCAAGUUCUACAAGAUGCUUCCCGAAGCCUCCACCUCUGCAAUCAGUCUGUCAUCCCUGCAUCCUUCUCGGCAAAGAUGGCUGGCGAAAACGCGUGGUGGAGUAUUGGACCCAGUCAAGGAGUGAUCCCUGCCAAGGCCGAGGUGUCUGUGGUUGUCACUGCGAAUUUGGAUGACACGGAGCAAUUCAAGGACGAGGUGGUGCUGUUCAUUGAGAACAGUCAUGCCUGCGUCAUCCCCGUCCAGGCUGUUGGCGUUGGCACCACGAUUGUCGUUGACAAACCCUUUGGCCCGGAGCUCAAGCUGGGCCCCUGCUUCAGCCUGGAUCCCUGCUGUUACCGCUUCAAGAUGACAAACAAAGGACAACGCACCCAUCUGCUCUAUUGGACCACAGAAGGUGGCACCACACUUGAGCAGCGCAAGCAUCUCCCUCCCGUCAGGAACACCAAGGGCAAGGUUUCCUCCUGCGGCCCCGUGUUUAAGCUUCAGCCGCUGAGGACGGAGCUGAUGCCUGGCCAGACAGCGGAGAUGGUGCUGGAAGGCUCCUGCAGCACCCCCCAGGUGGUGAAGGAGAAGCUGCUGUGUCACGCCAUCGUGGGCAAGGAGGGAGUGAAGAAUCUGAUCAUGCAGGUGGACGUCACGUGCGAGUUCAUUGCUCCCGCCCUGCAAAUAUCCAGCAGAGAAAUCCCUUUCCGGGUGGAGAAGCACCCCAGUGAUGUCCUGACUCUUCAGUACAAGCCUCUCUCUUUAAAGAACAUCUGCUGCCUGCCCCUCACUGUGGUCCUUGCCUUAGAGCAGCCCUUCUCCAUCUGCGGUGCGGACCAGCAGCCUCUCCCUGCAGAUGCUCAGCCCACGAAGCUGAGGAGAGGGGAGGAACUUCAACUCUGCAUCGCAUUUAACCCUGCUUACGAGGAGGACUUGCUUAUCCGGGCAGCAGAGAAGGCUCUGAAGAUCAGGUUCCUGGAGCAUCCUCAUGAAGAGCAGGUCACUGUUCGGGGAGAAGUCUACUUCCCGAAUCUCCAGCUCCAGACCACGGCCCUGGACUUUGGCUGCAUCUUGAAUGACACCAAGGAUGUGCGUUACAUGGAGAUGAGCAACUGCAGCCCGCUGGUUGUCCAGUACCACUGGUCAUUCCUGAAGGACAGCCAGGUGAACCCAGUGAGGUUCCUGGAGACAGAGCCCCUCGCCUUGGGUGUGGAGGAGGUUUUCGAUAUCCUGCCGCUGCACGGUGAGCUGCAGCCGGGCCAGAGCCAGCGUGUCACCUUCUCCUUCUUCGGCCACGCCAACACCGUCACCCAGGUCACGGCGCUGUGCAGGGUGGAGGGAGGCCCGAGCUAUGAGGUGGCUCUGCGUGGGGAGGCCUCGCGCAUCAGCUACCUCCUGGACACCACCGAGAUCGACUGCGGGCUGCAGGUGUUUAACAAAGUCACGGAAGCAGCGGUGACCCUGCAGAACAGCGGGAAGCUGGGAUUUGCCUUUGUGGUGCUGAGCCCCGGCACAGGCACUGCAGCCAGCCCUCUGCCUGGCGUGCCCCUGGUCGUGCCUAGCACGGGUUACGCUGAACCUGGCAAGCAGCAAGUGCUCAAAGUCUAUUACCUGCCAGGAGUGCCUGGAGUCUUCUGCAGGGCUUUCCAGAUCCAAGUGGGUCACCUGGAGCCAGAGAAAAUCACGCUGAAAGGAGAAGGGACCUUUCCCAGGAUCCACUUGGACCUGCCCAGGAACAUCAAAGGCAAUGCCAAAUAUGAGAAGAUCCUCCAAAAGGCCAAAGAAAAGGUGGACAAAGGCAGACAGAGAGAGGAGGCCAUUGCUCUGGGGGAGGCUGUGGCAGGCGAGCCCCGCAUGGACGACUCGGGCACCGUGUGGGAUGCUGAGCUGCAGAUGCAGAUGGAGGAGAUGCUUAUUGAGGAGCAUGCCUUGGAGCAGCAGAAAGCUCUCACGUCCCGUCCUGCGGAGGACACUGCCUUUCACCAGCGUGUACAUCGGAGGCUUCUCAAAGCUGAGCUGCCCGAAUACGUCCUGGACCUUGGCUAUGUUGUUCCCGGUGACAUCCACACACGCAUCGUGAAGGUCACCAACACCGGGCACUUCCCUGCAUCUUUCCAUGUUGAUGGAUAUGUCCUAGAUAACACAGGCUUCAGCGUGUGCCUGGACCGUGUGAAGCGCCUGCCCUCCUGUGAGAGCAAGACAUUUGAAGUGUGCUUCGACCCACAAAGUGCCAGCCGGCCUCUGGGAAAGGUGGAUGUGCUCCUGCCCAUCAAGGUACUCCAGCUUCUGGGGCAGGCAGCAGGUUGGGCACAGCAGCGAGUGUCAGCCGGGCUCUCAACUGGAUGCUCUGUCCUUCUCAUCGUGGCUGAGCCGUCCCUCAGCCUCUCCAGGGACAGGCUGGAGUUCUCCGCUGUCCAGUGUGGGCAGUGCCAGGAAGAAACCAUCCAGCUCCACAACACGUUCCAGGUCCCCUGUCAAUGGUCCAUCAGCGUGAAUGAGCCUGUUAAGGAGGUGAACAAACAUCUGCCGGCGAGCGAGCAUCAGAAGCUGCUCGAGGAGAUGAAGUCUGCGCCCUGUGGCUUCGAGGUGCUGCCGUCAGCUGGAACGCUCGCUCCAGGACAGCAGUGCCAUGUCCAAGUCCGUUUUUCACCCACGGAAGAGAAGUGCUACCGGGGCGAGCUGCACAUCCAGAUUUGCCAGAGCAGCCAACGCCUCCAGGUGCCGGUCUUGGGACGUGGUCUGGAGCCACGGCUGGAGUUCAGCCCCGCGGAGCUCGAGCUGGGACCGCUGCUGCCACAGAGCCAUGGGGAAGAGGGGACAGUGGUGGUGAAGACCCCCUGUGAGGUUUACUCGCUGGAGUUUGACCAGCAGCGCCUUGCUGAGGAGCAGCUCCUACGGACACCGCAAGGUGACAACAGCCACAACAGCUUGUUGCUGCCUCCCUGUGCCCCGGCCGGGAAGCUGACCGGUGAGGCCCAAGGAAGGGGCAUAAAAGUGAAGGUUGACGUUGUGGAUCCACCGGGAAAGGUGGUGAAGCUAGGAAACGUCUGCAUUGGGCAGACGGUGAAGAAGAUCGUCACCAUAGCCAACAAGAGUGCAGCCCCUCUGGCCUUUCAGCUCAGAGUCACAUCCACCGCGCCAGAGUUGCAGGAAGCUGGGGUUCUGUGCUUGAAGCCCAGCAAGGAGCUAAAGCUGAAGCCCAGAGGAGACAGAGGCAAAGUGGAGGUGACCUUCUCCCCGAAGCGCCCCAUCCAGCCGUUCAGCGGGGAAGUGCUGCUGGAGUGCGGCGGGCUGGCGCGCUCCCUCUUUGUGGUGCGGGGCUCCUGCCAGGGCAGCCUCGUGAGCUUGGACCAGGAGCAGCUCAGCUUUGGAGCCGUGGUGCAGCAGAGCUACACGUGGCGGCGCGUGGUCAUGCGGAACGCGGGCGUCACAGGAGUCAGGUUUACGUGGGACGUGGAGAGCUUCAAGCCGGACUUUUCCAUCAGCCCCACGAAGGGUUACAUCAGCCCAGGGAGGGAUGUCCCCUUCGUUGUGACCUUCCGCCCCUCGAAGCUGAGCCAGGCUGUCCAGUACGAGGGGCUGCGGUGCUUCAUCCAGGGCAGUGAGGCGCUGCGGCUUACGCUGUCAGGAUCCUGCGUGGAGGCCCCUGGCCCCAAAGAGACCCUGACUUUCAGCUGCAGUGUGCGUGAGAGGCAGAGCCAGACCAUCCUCCUUUCCAACCCAAGCAACGAGGCCUGGACCCUGCAGCCCAUCAUUGAGGGGAAGUACUGGAAAGGGCCUGAAUUUAUCCAUCUGGAGGCCAGGCAAAAAGAAAAGGCCUACCAGGUCACCUACAGACCCCUAAGCAUGAGCUCUGAGAACAAGAAGCAUCAGGGCUCCAUCUUCUUCCCCCUGCCGGACGGGACAGGCUUACGCUACCACCUGGAAGGAACUGCUGAAGCCCCCCGGUGUUCAGGGGCCAUUUCCCGGCAGGUUCCAUGCAGGAGUUCCCACACGGAGCUCAUCCCUGUGUCCAACUGGCUGCACAGCCCACAGAGGCUCCUGGUGGUUAUUGACAUGCUGAAACCAGAGAACGUGGAAAGCAGUUCUGUGCUGCAGGGGUGUUCCUACAUUGACGUGCCAAGCUCUGCAAAGAAGGACUACCAGCUCACCUUCUUCUCCUACAAAGAAGGAGUCUUCAGGGCAAAGGUGACCUUCCUCAACGAGACAACCGGAGAGUACUUGUUCCACGUGGUGACUUUCAAGGUGACGGCUUCGGGACCCAUCGGCACUGUGAAAAUGAGCACCGCUGUUCGGCAGAGGGUGUCCUCCACCGUCAAGGUGGACAACCCUCUGCCUGUCCCGGUGACGUUUGACGUCACCUGCGAAGUGCCCGACGUCAGCGCUCCACAGCACUUUACUGUUCCUGCACAGUCGAAGGCGGAUCUUGUCUUGGAGUAUCAGCCCCUGAAAACGGGUGAGAGCACCGGGCACCUGGUGCUCCAGAGCAGCGACUUGGGCUCUCUGUCUUACAACCUGCAGCUGAAAGCCAUCUCGCAGAGGCCAGAGAAGCCCGUGUAUUUCCGCGCCACGCUGGGCUCCCGUCAGACCAUCACCACCAAAAUACGGAAUUUUGCCCAGCAGAAGACCGAGUACCUGCUGCAGACCGACUGUGCCGACUUCCAGACGGCAAAAUCCAUCAGUGCGGCACCUGCUGGCGCUGGGGGCUCGGACCUGAGCGUGGAAGUGACCUUUGAGCCCUGCCAGCUGGGCGAAGCCAAGGCCACGCUGCAGCUCAGCUCCGCAUUGGGCGGGCAGUACCGCAUCCCACUCAUCGGCCUUGCACUGCCCCCUGAAGCCCAGGGCCCCUUCCUCAUCCCAGCCGGCGGCUCCACCUCCAUCUCCUUCAGGAACGUCUUCCCGAAGGCCACGGCGUUCCAGUAUGCAGUAAAGCACCCGGCCUUCACCGUCAGGGCCCCCGAGAUGCUGCGCGCCAAGAGCAGCACCACCAUCACCGUCUCCUUCAGGGGCGGCCGGGCUCCUGUCACCAGCAGGCUGGUGGUCUCUUGCCCUGGGGGCUCCUGGAUCUACCACCUCCGGGGCCUGCCCUCCACCCUCAAGUGACCAGCUGCCCGCGGCCCUUCCCGCCACGUUCGUGCUCUCUGGAGCAAAUAAAUUUCAUUUAAAUCCCUCC